GUCGGAAAGCGGUCUGGAAGGUAACACACCUGAAACCCACAGAGCCCUGAGCGAGAAGGAACCUUGGCGACCUGGUGACCAGGCCAGCAUGAGCUACGAGCGGGUGAGGGACUGGUUCUCCUCCACCACCAGGAGGGGGGAGGAGGGCAAGGAGCUGUUCAGUGACGAGGAGGCAGAGAGGGAGGAGGAGGAAGAGGACGAGGAGGAAGAGGAAGAGGAAGACGAGGAGGAGGAGGAGGAGGAGGAGGAGGAGGAGGCAGCAGCAGAGCAUGCAGACAGCGAAGAAGAGAUGGAGGUGAAGGAGCAAGGAGAGGAGGAGACUGAUGACGACUGCAACGAGGAGGAGGUGAAGGAGGUGAAGGAGGAGGAAGAGGAAGAGGAGGAAGCAGUUGAGGAGAAAUCUGAAGGGGUCAGCCAAUCACAGCCUCAGGCAGAAGAGCAGACAGGAGCAGAGAGAAUCAGUGCUGCUUCCUCACACUGUGGAGUGGACAUGGAGGGAGAAGGUGUCAGUGUUUCUCAGCUGGUGGCUCGGGACCUAAACAUGGCCGCAGGAGGCUCACAGGUGGACUAACUGAUCUAGAGUCUGUGCCUUGGAUUGGAGCUUUGGGUUCUGCAGCAGCUGAGAAACACUGAGAGGACGCUGAUCUACAGACAGGAAGGGUUUGAGGGGCUGAGGGGACCAACAGCAGAGUAAGUCCCCUGCUCCUGUACAAAUAUCAAGGCUUUUAUUUUUUGCCCUUUGUCCUUUUUCUUACAAAAGAAGGAAUCACUGUUUUUAAAGUGAGACGUGAGACCUUGCAUGGUUUUUUCAUAAUUAUCAAAAAACGUUUCUCUGAAUGAUGGACCAUUUUCUCAAGGCCCCCAAAACGUUUUACUGUUCUGAUGAAAAGAGGUUUUUGAAACCAUACUGUUUUUUUAUGUGAAUAGACAAAUUAGUGCCAUUCUGUUUAUCAUUUCUUUUUCUGAAUCAAAGGAAAUCAGUGCGAGUCUGCGUGCGAACUUUUUUGUAUUUUUUUUUAAGUCUUAACGACAUAUACAUAUAAUGGAAACUAAAUCCAUGAUACUAUUAUUACGCUAUCCUGAGUUCUUUUGAAUACAGUGAUGAUUUCCAUGUGAGCAGGUGUUUGGGUCCAUUCAGUUUCAAUGACGUCAAAUCAGCUUCUGGAUUAACGUCCAAAAACGCAAAAGGCACCAACACCUUCAAAAAUCCACCUUAAAACUAUCAUUUGGCAAUUAUUAGAUUCCAUUUUUUAUCAGAUGUAUUAUGCUCUACAUAGUGGAUUUAAGUUAUUCCAAAAUGCAACUAUAAGGUAGGCUCAUCAAGUUAUUUACCUCCAUAAAUACACAAACAAUUUAGAUUUUUAACUCAAUAUCAAUGUAUCAAAAUUAAAGAGUUUCAAUGAUUUUAAAAUAAUAAUUUUAUAUUAGGAUAAAAAAUAAGAAAGAAAUCCUUUCAUUUGAAUAACCAUCAUGGUGUUUACCAUACUGCUUAGAAUACAAUAUUCAUCUUACACAAAUAAAAUAACAAAAAGGUCACUUUCAAAAAUGUGAAUAAAUAAAUAAAAACAUGUUAUGUUUUUUGACUGUUGGUCUGUGUUCUUUAAAGAUUUCCCUCAGGCUCGGACUAAUGAUUAUGUUUGUUAAACCUUUCUGAUGGACCUUCAUUAAUCAGAGAACAAUCGUCAUUUAAAAUGUAUUUUUGUUGGUCCGACAGUCACAAGGUUACAAUGAAGAAUAAUAAAGGAAACUACGAACCUUACACUCUGUGGAAAUGAUUAUGUAUCACUAAUUUCUGACAUUAAAAAUAAUUACGACUCAAGGCAAAUAAGUUCAUUAAACAUAUAUAGAACAAAAAAUAAUCCGUACUUUUAACAUCUCAGACUUAUAAUUAAAUUAAUUAUAUAAAAUAUGUACAUUUUUACUAACUGCUUUCUCUAUACACAUAUCCUACCUGCCACCUUUUGACAAGUUCAAGGGUUCUCAGAGGCAUUGUGGGAAAUGUAGGAACAAGUCACAAUACAAUAGCCAGUUAGAGAUAGACCAAAAAUAAUGACAAAUCAUGACUACAAAAUGAAAUGAAAGAAGUAAACAAAAUGUUUUAAGGUGGAUUUUUCUUUGAGCUCUACAUUAAAGCUCUGAGAACACGAUUCAAAAGAAAGAUGGAGGAGGAUGAUACAGAUGAAACUUCAGUCACUUUUUCGUCAUUCUUUGGACACUUGCCAAAUAAAUUAUUUUUCCAACAACAAGCUGAUUUCGUGAUCGACUCGAAACGGAGAUGAACCCAUACACUGUUUGUGUCUUGUCCAAAAAGAAAAAACAGAAAAAGGCACGUGUGCUCUUCUUCAGGAAACCGGCAACUUUACCUCAGUCAGUGAAGCUACUAACUCGGCAAGAUUGUGACAUCUACACUUCUCUUUUUCUAUAGAAUACUGUAUGCAUGAAUAUACGAGUACACGAUAAUAAUUAUGUCUCCUGAGAUGGCGUUUCUGUCUUUCUUUGUCCGUGCCACCUAAGUUUAAAUCACUUUAAAAAGAAAAUAAAAGAAGACAUAGUUAUUGUUUAUUGCUCAAAUACGGGUGAACUAGCAAAACAAUAUCCUUCAGGUUUUUCCACGAGAAAUAAUAUUUUAGGGAUGAGAAACCACAAGCACUUGGCUCGGUUCCCACGGGAACUUUUUAACUUUUCAUACGUGGGGUAAAAAAAAAAGAAAUGCUAUUAUAAUAUUUGUCUUUUCUCUGCUCUCCAUGUAGGACUGUUAGGAUAUGCAAUGAGAAAACAAUCAGCGGAGGUUUCUGGGUUUUAUUGAUCCUUUUCCAGCUCUGUACGUUACGCCUUUCUGCCAUUUUACAUCGCUUUAUUAGCCAACUUUUUAGUAGUUAAUUUAUUUAUUAUAUCUGGACUUUCAUGGAUAUCUUCUUUUGUCUGCAAGCGAAAAAUAAAAAGUGAAAAACAA